GUCGAUAACAAUUCGAUAGCGAAACAUCUGUUGUUUCUGGUUAACAGCAUAGGGUAGAUCGUGCACUUCGAAAUAUUCCUGGCAAAUUGUAUACAAAACAAGUGGACGAUGGAUAACUUGUGUCGCAUUUGCAAGCUAAAAAAAGGCUUGUUGGUUAAAAGUGGAGAUUCCCUUCCGGAAACCAUCUGCGUGCUAUGCCUUAGCCAACAAAACCAGGAGGUCGUUGAGAUGAAUUCAUUUCAGGAAGAAGUACAUGUAAAAUCCGAAUACCAAAUGAAUGAAGAGGUCCUUGAAAAGGACACAACGGAGGAGAACUAUGAGAAUGACAAGUUGAAUUGUAGUGAAGUUAGCUUAGCUAAAAAUGAAGAAUUAGUAAUGGAAAAGAGUGAAUUCGACAUUCAGGUUAAAAACGAGGCAGUUGACGAAGAUUCACUUGAAGAUGAGGAUAGUAACGCCAUUCUUCAACCACAUGAAGUCUGGUUUAAAGUGGAAGAUACCGAUAUCACUGAAGAUUAUAGUAUUGAUGAUCCUGGGAUCAACGACGUUGAUAAAGAAUGCAGUAAUAGUCCUAGAAAUAGCGAUAUCACUGAAGAUUAUAGUAUUGAUGAUCCUGGGAUCAACGACGUCGAUAAAGAAUGCAGUAAUAGUCCUAGAAAUAGCGAUAUCACUGAAGAUUAUAGUAUUGAUGAUCCUGGGAUCAGCGACGUUGAUAAAGAAUGCAGUAAUAGUCCCAGAAAUAUCGAUGCUGAUAAAGAGUGCAUAAUGAUAGAUCUUCCCUUCAAGUGUCCUCAUUGCCCGAAAAGCUUCAAAAGGAAUUCUAUUUUCCAAUUACACAAGCGGAUUCACGAUAAAGGUCGGCAACAGCACAAGUGUUCCUACUGCCCAAUGGUUUUUCAGCAACAUUUCAGUCUAAUAUUUCAUGUUCUAACUCACACGGGGGAGAGGCCGUUUAAGUGCAGUCAAUGUGAAUGGGCAUUUAAGUUAGAGGUGCAUCUCCAACAACAUAUGAAAGUUCAUACUAAAAAUCAAAAUUUUUGGCGUUGAAAAGUACCAGAAUCCAUUCCAAUGCUCAAAGACAUUUUCGAAAAAAUCAAACCUUCAGAAUCAUUAAAGAAGGUGGCAUGUCGAAGGAAAAUCGACAAAGUGUCCCCACUGCCCCGAUUCGUUUCCAGGUACUUACAGCCUUCUAAAUCAUAUCCGCAAAGCCCAUCCAAACGUAGGAUUCCUAAAAUGUCCCAUGUGUUGCAAGAACUUUAUGCUUCGUAGCAGUUUGGAAGAGCACAUGAACAUCCACUCGAAUAAAAAACAGUUCCAGUGCACUCAGUGCUUGGUACUUAAACACAUCCAUUGCUCCCAAUGCUCAGAAGUAUUCAACAAUCAUGUAAUACUCGCGACAUC